CUUGUAAAGCAUGCUGUGUACACUUGUUUAAGAUCUCUUGCUAGUUUAUGCCAUGAUAUGCAAUUGUAUGUUUCAUGAUAUUUUACCAUUUCUGUUAAGUGUAAAAUAAAAAAAUGUUUGCGAACAUAUGUUCUCUUUAUAUAUCUUUUUUAUUUAUAUUUGUAUAUUAUGAUAUAUAUUGUUUUGUUUUGUGUUUAUUCUGUGCUAGACUUCUUUUAUUGCAUCUGGAACACCUACUGACAUAUUUUUUUUUAAAUUCCGCUACCUAAAUAAAGGUUGUCUGGAAGAGAUCGCUUUUUAGCGAUAAGACCGUCUGUUGUUUACCUCUUCUUUAUGUGUUGUAUUAUUUGUACUGUUUCUGUAUUGAGGUUUGCAAUAAAGAGUAUUUGUAUUGUAUAUCUGUCAAUGUAUGGCGGGAAACGCAGUCUCAAAGUGUUAUUUGCCUCUCAGCAUAGGGUUGGCCGUUGGCGCCUUUUAAAAUAGAACCCGCGGCGGCCCGCGGCUAGUGAUACGCUGAUAACGCGGCGGCACCGACGCCUCUAACGCACUAGUUUGCUCGGGUGUGAUCGUGAAGUGUUUUUUGUUUGGAUUUUUGUUAGAUAGAUAUCAUAAGCAAAAAUGACGAUUCAAAAUGUUCCAAGUAAAGGGAGGAUGUCUAUAAUAAAAUUUCAGAAUUUCACCAUACAAAGAAGACAGCCUGUAAUACGAUUAGUGUAUGGUUUCCUCCUAGUCGUCAUAGCGAUCAUUAUGGUGCUCAUAGACCCCAUACAAAAGUUUACAGAAUGGAAAACUCAAAUAAAGAACGACUCGUACGUGAUGAAGAUGUGGCAGAACCCCACGUACAAGCUGUACGCGGACAUCUGGGUGUUCAACUACACCAACGUGCCGGAGUACCUGUCGGGCAAGGAGAAGACGAUCCGGGUGGAAGAGGUGGGGCCCUUCCAUUACCAAGAGCUACGGACAAACGAGAACAUCACCAUCAACGACAAGGACGGAACGCUCACCAUAAUGCCGAAGAUCGUGCUGAAGUUCCUUCCCGAAGAAUCGAUCGACGACACCAAGAAUGUCAACUUGUAUAUACCUAACAUCGCUUUAAUUGCCAUCAGCACGGUAGCAGCAGACCAUUUGCCCUACCUCGCCAACAGCGGCCUCUAUCUGUCCGCCAAGACUAUGGGCUCCAAGCUGUUCACCACCAUGAAUGUGCACGAGUUCUUCUGGGGCUUCAAGGAUCCCGUGGUCACGGUUGCGCAUAAACUGUUCCCGGGCUGGAUCGACUUUGACUCCAUUGGACUGUUGGAUCGGUUCUACGCCGAAACCCCAACGAAAGUGGUGCUCGAAAUGAGAGAUGAGGCCACUCGUUACUCCAUCAACUCUUGGGGCGGCUCAGGAGGCAUCCCCCAGCAGGGUUACACGGAUUUAAAUAGCAGUACUUCGUGCAACCGUAUAAAGGGGUCGUACGAGGGUCUGAUGAUCUCGCCGCACAUGACGAGAGACAAAGUCAUUCCCCUGUACAGACGGCAGGCCUGCCGGAUCUUCCCUCUCACAUACGUCAAGGAUAUGAACGGAUACAGCGGGCUCGAUUAUUACAGAUACGAGGUUGCUAAGGAUGCUUUCAGUCGAAGCUCGUCCUUUGCAUGCAACUGCACUUCGAACUGCUUGCCUGACGGAUUCGUCGAUAUCAGCGGCUGCUACUAUGGUUUCCCGAUAUCGCUAUCCAAGCCCCAUUUCAUGGACGUAGACCCGGUGCAAGCCAGCUACUACACAGGCAUGAACCCAGAUCCUGAAAAACACACCACCAAAAUUGAUGUCGAACCUAUCCUGGGCGUCCCCCUAUCUUUUUACUCAAAGAUUCAAGUGAACAUGGCGGUCCGCACUUCGCCUGGGAACCCUCUGACCAGCCCGCUCAAAGAUAAGGUCCUGCCCCUGGUGUGGCUGCAAUUGUACUGCAAGGAACCCCCAGCAGAUGUCAUCCAGCUACUCCGCCUGCGUCUGAUCAUCGCGCCACCUCUGGUCAUCACCAUCGAAGUCCUCCUCUUCCUCGUUGGCUUCUUCCUCGGCGUCCAAGGCGCCUACCGCCUCAUAAGGCCCAAGUACAAGAUCAAGGAAGUACGACAGGACUCUAAGGUCAUCAGGAGAAGAAGCAGUAUCAGGAGGACUAGUCUUAUAAUCAAUAUUGCUGAGAACAAAUGCUUCAGGGAGGACGAUGAGAGGGAGGCUGUCUCGCUCCUUGGGGAUCCUCGGGAGCUGCAGGAGUUUAUAAGUCGUUCGUGAAGAUUUGGAAGGUCUAUGAGGGUGUAGAAAAAGUGGGACUGGUAUACAUUCAUAGUAUUCAAGUGAGUUUUGAACAUCUAUAUGAGUUCCAUUCUUGGGCGUAAGAAGUUUUUUGAGUAUAGUCCUCACGCUAGGCCAAAUCUUUUUGUAGAUAUAUGCCGGUUGAGAAGUUUUCAUUCACUGCAACUGGUCCUUCACUAUUAGGGAUCCCCCUUUCCAGUUUAGAAUGCUCACGUCAGCGCUUUUACGUAAAUUCGAGAACGUUAGGUAAUUUUUGAGUAUACCUAAUCAAUUUCUUAGGUACUUGAGUGCUAUAUCAUCGUCACGGAUAUGUGCUAAAUGCGGAAAAAUUCCAAAUUUAGUUGGGAAUUUCCCAAAAAACAAAGGAAACUUUCAUUUUGGAAAUGAAAAAUUCGAAUUCCUUUAUAAAUUUAAGGCAUUUAUCAAAUUAUUCCAAGGAUAUUUUGUAAUUUCGGAAACUUCCCGACAGCACAUCGGUAAUUAGCCUUGAGUGCCGUAAAUAUUGGCCUAAAUUAACAUUCCCUUAGUUAUAUAAUAAACACCACCUAUUGAGUCUGUUGUAAGUCAUAUUAAGCAUGUCACUGGUUGAAUUGCAAACGUAAUGAUAGUUUCAUUCUAGAUUUCUGAACUAGUGUCUCAGUAUGCGUGCUAUGCCAAGAGAUCUGUAAAAAAUAAUCGAGAUAUAUCAAAAGAAGUCGUUUCGUGAAUGUUUUUUGCUCGUGAAUGUUUUUACAGUGUAAUAUUGAUAGCUUAUCAUGUAGUGAA